GCGCGUUUUGUUUUAAAGGUCAUAAAGCAGAUAGCGUGAAGUUCGUAUAGCCAGGGGUUGAAAUAGCUGGAGCAGACAGUCGCUCUUAUGAAGGAAGCCUUUUUCCCCCCCUCACAAAACGUCUAAAACGUAGGGUGCGUCACAGUACGUUAAACAUCGAGAAUUUCUGAAGUAGCCUAACUUGAAAAUGAAGAAUGGGACAAAUCGACUGGUUGAAGGUGGUGCCUCCGGACGUGGUCGAUAGUCUUUGGCAGGUUUCGGGCCCUUUCUGUUUGACCCCGGGGUAGAGACAUGGCCUACAGGAAGGUGCACGCUGGCCUGCGGGGGGCGCUGCACUCUCAGGACCUGGAGAGCGAUGAGCUUCAGGCCGCUGUGGAGCUGGAGUGGGACAUGGAGAAGGAGCUGGAGGAGCCCGGGAUGGACAGGUUCCAGCUGGAGGACGGGGAGCAGCACUCCGUGGGGAACUCGUCCCGGGUGGCGGAUCUGGACCUGGAGCCCAUCGAGCCCUCCACGUCCCCCCACGGCCGGUUCGAGCGCCUGCAGGAGGACCCGGACUACGUGUCCCACUUCACCCGCCCCCCCCCGAAGAGCCCGCUCCGGCCCGGCUGCUCGCUCACCGGCUGCGUCCUGCUGGGCGCCGCCCUCUUCGUCCUGGGCCUCUUCAUUGGCCGCUUCGCCCACAGACCCGCCCCCCCGACGCCAGCCCCGCCCCCGGACACCGACCUCUUCCAAAAGGUCCUGCAGGACAUCAGUGCGGAGAAGAUCAGGGCCACAGUGAGGGUCUUGAAUGCUGUUUCCCUGGAAGAUGGGGGGUUUUCCCAGGCCAAUUUCCUCCUCCACCACUGGACAGAGCUGGGGCUGACGGACGUUCAGCUGACCAAUUACAGCGUGCUGCUCAGCCAGGCUGGCUCCGCCCCCAGCACCAUCACCGACCGGGCCAGCAGGAAGUGCUUCCUGCCCAACAGGAAGCCGUGCGAUGGCGGGAACCGUAGCCCCGCUUCCCAGGAUCAGCUGUCCUCCUUCGCUGCCUACUCCGCUGUGGGCACCCUGGAGGCCGAGGUGGUCGAUGUGCAGUACGGGACUGUGAAAGACCUGAUCCGAGCCAACACAACGACCAGCGCCACCAAAAGAAUUGCACUGUUGAAACUAGGACAGACACCUCUUCUGUACACGCUCUCCCUCCUGACUGAAGCUGGGUUUUUGGGGGUGCUCCCCUAUGUGGACCCCUGUGAUCUCCCUGACAGGCCGGGCUUGUGGGACCAGUCCUUCGGCAUCAGCCUGAACCCCGGAGGGGACCCCUCCACCCCCGGGUACCCCAGUAUCGCUGGAAGCUUCCGGCAGCACCGGGCCAACCUGACGUCCCUGCUGGUCCAGCCCAUAUCCGCCUCUCUGGCCCAAGAGCUCCUCUCUGCCCCCACCAGGCAGGGGGGGUCCUGUGUUCCUCUCGCCACAGCUCAGACUGCAGAGAGAAAGACCAUUGUUCUCUCCAUUGGAACCCAAGCCGCAUACAGAACAGUCUACAAUGUGAUUGGCUACCUGAAAGGAGCAACCAAUCCAGAUCGGUACGUGCUGGUGGGCGGUCGCCAUGACGGCUGGCGCUCGGCGACGGCGUUGGAGUGGAGAGGUGGCAUCGCCGUUAUGACCCAGAUCAUCGCCUCCCUCACCGCCCACGCCCGGCAAGGCUGGCAGCCAGACCGUACCACUGCAUUCUGCUCCUGGGGGGGGUCCGCUUUCAGCCAAAUCGGCUCCUUCGAGUGGGGGGAGGAGAACGGGGUGGUGCUGCAGAGCAAGGCCGUGGCCUACGUCAGUCUGCACCGUCCCGUCCGAGGCAGGGGACCCCUGCGCCCCACCGCCUCCCCCUCCCUGCUGCAGCUGGCCUCCGACAUCCACAAGAAGCUGUCCCUGAACUGCACGCGGGGCGGAGGGGGCGGAGUCUGCUCCGGCGCGAACGUCAGCUCUGUUCAGCCCCCCGGGGAUGUGCGCUUCUUCGCCGACCGCCUGGCCGUCCCCACGCUGGAGUUCGCGCUGGCGGAAACCGCAGCCGGAGAGAAAACAAGCUUUCUGUCCGAGGCCUUUUUACCUGCUAAUUCAUCUGCUGUCGAGAGUCUGGAUCCCACUUUCAAACUCCACGAGAUUGUUGCAAAGAUGACGGCGGAGGCCGUUCUGCGACUCAGCACUGACCCCGUUCUGCCGUUCCUGCCCCUGGACAUCGCCCUGGACGUGCAGAACAAGCUGAGAGGUGACAGGCGGGGCUUCGGUGAGCUGGUGGCUCAGGCAGCUGCACUGCGGGAGAGCGCCACCCUCCUGCAGUCGGAGGUCAUGCGUCCCGCUAACGACCCCAAGGAGAGGGACCCCCCCCACCUGCGCAUGCUCAACGACGUGCUGCGCGACCUGGAGAAGAGCUUCAUCGCCCCCGACGCCCCCCCGGGCCUGUACAGGAACCUGCUGUACUGCCUGAACGAGGACGCCGCGGAGUUCUCCAUCCUGAGGGACGUCCGCGAGGACAGACUCAACGCGUCUCUGUCGCGGGUUCUGACCGCCAUAAACGGGGCCCGCGGGCUCGUCAGGAGCGGGCUGGACCUCUUUGAGAACGACCCCAAUCGGACAAACUGACAGGACGGCCCAGCCACUCCGGCGAGGCUGUAUGAGGCGUGCGACCUUCCCACGUCGCCAAAUCACCUUCCCCAAACAGCCCAGCGACCUUCCCGCACCUCUCGAUGACUUUUCCCAAACAGCCCAGCGACCUUCCCGCACCUCUCGAUGACUUUUCCCAAAUAGCCCAGCGACCUUCCCGCACCUCCCGAUGACCUUCCCCAAACAGCCCAGUGACCUUCUCGUGUCUCCCAAUGACCUUUCCCAUACACCCUGGUGACCUUCCCGCACCUCCCGAUGACUUUUCCCAAACAGCCCAGUGACCUUCCCGCACCUCCUAAUGACUUUUCCCAAACAGCCCAGCAACCUUCCCGUGUCUCCCGAUGACUUUUCCCAAACAGCCCAGCGACCUUCCCCAAACAGCCCAGCAACCUUCCCGUGUCUCCCGAUGACUUUUCCCAAACAGCCCAGCGACCUUCCCCAAACAGCCCAGCAACCUUCCCGUGUCUCCCGAUGACUUUUCCCAAACAGCCCAGCGACCUUCCCCAAACAGCCCAGCAACCUUCCCGUGUCUCCCGAUGACUUUUCCCAAACAGCCCAGCAACCUUCCCGCACCUCCUGAUGACUUUUCCCAAACAGCCCAGUGAAGACCACUGUCCCCCGCAGCAGAGGAGAGCUCCUGGAGGGGAGGAAGAUGAGCGAUCACAGACCGGAGAGCAUCACCCGCUGCUGCUGACUGUCUGUGGCGUUGUUUCAGGGUGCGGGACUCAGAGUCCAUUUUCUUUCUUUCUUUUUCUUUAUUUGUUUUUUAAAAUAGACGCGGCCGCUGCGUCUCGCUUUCUUUCGUUGUCUCGGAAGCAGCCGAGCGAUGCUCCUUCGCCGUGGCGACUCUCCUCCAAGGGUAAGGACGGCCGCGGCAGACAGCAGAGCGCCACGAGGAGCGUGUGCAGUACUACUGAGUCUACAGAUCAGGGGCCUGGCAGGAUGGAGCCCACUGUCAUUACCCUGAGCGUAGCAUAGCAUAGCAUAACAUGGCAUAGUAUAGCAUAGCGUAGCGUAGCAUAGCUUAGCAUAGUAUAGUAUGGCAUUGUAUUGCAUAGCAUAGUGUAUUUUCUGGUCUAGCUUAGCUAGCCUCUGCACUGGAUUGGUCAAUGUGCAACUGUAGGGUACGCUUAGCUGCGUCUGAGUCUGUGCACAGCGCGGAUGACCAGGGGGCGGGGGGGGGGGGUGGGGGUAUGGCGCGGUUGUGGGGGCCGGGGGGCUGGGCGGGGCGGUUGUGAGGGCGUUUGCCUUAACGUGUCUGAUAUAACCGAUUUUCACAGGCCAUUGACUGCCAUGCAGAACAGGUCCUUAACUGGUCUGAUAGGGAAGCACACUCACACACAAAUCUGUUUCCUGCACAUCUAAUCUGCAUAUUCUAUUAUUCACAUGCAUUCUGGUGGGAUAGAAACACAAGCCGCAGAUAGUCUUUGAGCAAACUGUCUCUAAUCCACUAAUCCAGUUACUGUAUUAGCUUUGCUGUACAGUGUGAAAUUAACGCAUUUCUCUUUGCAUUGUGGGGUUAUUCGUGCUGUUCCAGAAUUCACAGAACAGUGAGAGGAUUCCAGGAAUCAUCCUUUGUUAUUGAGGGACGAGGUGUUUAACUUGAACUAUUAAAAACUGAUAGAAACGGCCAUUCUGAACACGUUAUUUCAGGGAGAAACUAAUUUACACAAAGCUUUAAAAAUGAUGAUCGUGCCUUGAGGAGAAAGUCUGUGCGCUGUAAGCCUGGAAUUGUCCUGGUAAAAGGCUGUUACUGAUGUUUUUUUCUGUGUGAAUUUCCACCAGCAGAAUGAAAGAAAGCUCAAGAUGUUUUUGUGGUUUGAUUGUUGUUACUUAUGUACAGGUCCCCUCAGUUCCCAGUGAUGUGCAUAUUUCUGAAAUUACGGCACCCAGGACGAAUGCUGUAUUUUUUAAUAGCACCUUAAAAAAACGUAAAAUUCGCGGACAGAUCUUUUGUCCCAGUCUGAAGACUCCUCAGGAAGCUCAUUAGAUCUCCGACUGCUCCGCUCUCUCAGAACCGCUUUUCUCCUCCCAUUCUCUCGACUAAUUCGCUAUUUUCAUAGUAUGCUGUUGUAAGCUCUACCUGGCUGAACGUUUAUGAAUUCAUAUGCGACUGCAGCAUCCACGAUUAGCAAUGGAUUUAAAUUAGCUCAAUGACAUUAAGAAAUAUCCUUGAGGUUGAAAUUUUUCAGCAUAUGAAUUGACGUGUGAUUUUUUUUUUUUUUUUUAAACGUUACCUGUAAUUCUCCUGCUGAGGCUGGGGGUUAAUGCACCUUGCUGCAGGCUGCUGUAGCCGCUGAUUAGUCACAAGUGAGCACGUCUGACUGCAUCUUUUCAGAUAUUGCUAGCAGGCUACACCAAAUAACCCUGAUAUUACUAAUGAACCUACAUCAUUAUGGCAUAUCUUUGCUGUUUUAGCCAGCUGAAAUAUGAAUUUUUUUAUUAGAGGAUGAGUCCAUCAGCAGGAGCUUUUAAUGAAGUCAGGUCAACGCUGUGGUGUAAGAAAAAUGUGACAUUUCUCCAGGUUGUCCUGAAACAUCAGUAUGCAGCGAUGUCUGUGUCAUGAGUCAGCGGUGGUAUUCUACAGUACUCUGUUCACAGUGUGAUUGAAGAGGGGAUUACAGAUAUGUGAUGCUACGCUAAUCUCUGUUCCUCUCCCUCCACGUCACCUCUGAUCUCUUUUAUCAGUCCGGCCGACAGUGGCUGGUUUCCACUGCAGCCCGUCAGUACUCACUUCAUGUUUACUAGUGACAGAAUAUCCUUAUUAAACAAGGAAAUAGAUACUGAAUCAAAAAUACUCAUUCACAGUCUCAAAAUAAAAUGUAAAAUAUAAAAGAUAUUAUUUAUAUUAGGUAAUCUCUAAUAAAUAAAAUAAUGUGUGGCUCCUCAUUAAUGUCAGUGCUGUCAUUACAUUGCCUUACAUUACAUUACUUCCAGUUAAUAUAGAUAAUAUAGGUCUUGUUUAGUUUAGUACCACCCCCCCCAAAUAAAAUAAAAUAAAUAUUGAUGUCUGCCAUGUAAACUGCAAAUUAAGGCAGGCAAGUUUGGUGAUUAGAGAUAACGGAAUAACUGUGUAUAUGCCUUUAAUGUAAAUGCACAUUUUUUUAUUUUAAAAAAGGUAAAACUUCUCCAGUAAAGUGCAGGAACACAGGGCCACUCAGAGAUUACUGUACGUACAGAACAAGCUGUUCCCUAGGAGGGUGAUAACGAUGCAUGAGAUGUUUUUUCUACUUAUAAAUCUCCGGCACUACAGUGAGACAGAUAUAGCUGGCAGAGCACAGCAGAUCGCUCCUAAAAAGAAAAGAGAAAAGUGGCGCACAGCUGGUGAAAGGACUUAAUUAUAUCUGUCUUUCCCCGACUCUUUCAUCUGUGCUGGAGAUAACUCCUCUUCCUGCGAGUUCACCUUCACAAGCAGAGAGAGCCAAUGAGCCUGCCUCCUGUUGGCUUCAAACUGGCAGCUCCCUGCUUGUGGUCCCUGUGUGAGAGAGCACUGUGUUGCACAGCACCAAGGCACUGGGGUGAAAGAGGCAAUCGCGCGCUUUAUACGCUCUGUGUGUCUUCUGCUAAUUAGGCACGGUUUCCUAGGGACCAAUCUAACAGAUGUUUUAUGACCUGAAAUAAAACAAAGACAAAACUAAACAAAGCGCAGAACACAAAGGCGCACUCUUAGCAACAAACAUCAAACAAUUAAGGGUAAUAAACCAAAGGGUUUUGUGUAAGGACAGCAAUCGCAGUACAUUCUGUUAACUUUCUUUCUGUGAUGUAUUAGCUAUAUUCAAAGAGGAAUGGAGGAGUUUUUUUGCACUUACCAUUAUAAUCUAGACAACACUGUGCCAAUCUUUAAUAGCUAAAUGAUCUUUGAUCUUGUUGCACUCCAGUUUUCUUUCUGAUUGUUUACUGGAUUGAGCAGCCAGGUUGGCCUCUGACUUUGAGUCCUGUAACUUGGCCCAUUGGUGUGAAUCGAUUUGUUUGCUGAAAUUGUACAGUAUUUAUCUGUCAUGCUUUGUACAAUCAAGUAAGUUUUAAAUGACUAAAAUAAGAUGUACACAUUAUCUGUAUGGUAUCUUCUGCAUGGAUAUUCUUGGAAUUUGCACUAAGGGCCAGAUUGACCUGAGUUUAUUCUCCCUGACGAUCAGGAAAUAUCGACUCACGUUCCAUUAGUGAGUUUCAUUUAGCGAUUUUCUGUUUUUGACUAAACAAUUGUAAAAAGAUCUGCUGAUCCGGUUAGGUUUGUGAGGAAUGGCUAGUGGUGUGUCUGAACUACAUAUUAAAUACUUUAUGUAACUUUCUGACAGAAAAUUGAUCUCAGUUGUAAAGUAUUAACUGAUGGCAUACUUGCCUUUUUUCUCUUCAUAAAAUAAUGUUAUGAUGUGAUUGAAGCGCUUAAUGCGUGUUUUGUAGAAAAAUUGGUAUGGAUUUGCGGAUGUUAUCCAAGUUACAAAUCGAUUCAUUUGCUGGAUUUGAAAGAUGGAUCUCAUUAAGUGUUCCUUCAUUCCCAACACCAGCAACAGCUUCAGUGAUGUCUGUCUCUUUGGGUUUUUAUAAAAUUACUCUUGAAGCUGUUUGUUUGAAAUAUUAGGUACUGUGUUCCUUACUUUAUUCUUACUGCUUGUGUAUUUUAAUGACGUUCACAGGAAAAUUGAGCUGCACAUAUCUUAUAAGACAUAUCUCUAUUGUAAGCAAGCACUAAUUUGAUGAAACUUGAGAAAUGAAUAAACUGAAGUGUUUAACAAACAACAUGAUUUAAAUAAGAAUAUAUAUGGGUAAGCAAUGCAGCUUUGUAAUUAUUGUGCAUGUAUGAACUCACAGUAAUGUUUGUCAUGCAAUAUAUACUGUAUAUAUGCAGCAAACCACACUUUAUAGUAAUAAGACAUGUAAUUAGGUAAUUACAUUUUAGUCAAAUGACCUAUGAUGUGUAAGGUGUUUAACUGCUAUGCAAAUGCACAAUGUUAUACGACUUGUCGAUUACACAAAGGUCUUAUGUUGUUUUAGGGUAAGAGUGUAUUUGUAUAUAAAUAUGCUGUCAUGUACCUACAGUAUAAUUAUACAUGUAAUUUGUCUACUUGAUAUAAAGGGUUACCAAAUACAUUUAUUCCUGUGUACCGUGCAGUACAAGCUGGGUGCAUCCAUGUUGUGUGAUCUCAAUUCAAUGUAUGUGUCCUGUGGGUUGUAAUUUUAAAUCAUCAGCAUUUAAAAAAAUUUCUGCAUGUAAGAUUUUUGCUGUUUUUCUUUUUUACUUUUGGGAUUUUAAUAUCUAAAUACCGAAGCCAGGUGUGCAUAUUUUAUGGAGUACGCAAUAUAACAAGCAUAUCCAUUGUAUUGCUGGUCAAAGAAUAAGAAUCCAGUUUGGAUGAGCUGACUGUAGUUUUGCAGAGUGGUCUGCAUCUCUCAGUGCAGCAGUACUGUCACUGUCUGUGGCUCUGCUGGUAGGCUCAGCAUUGUGCGUGUGAUGGAAAUGUCUCUCAAGCUUUCUUUACUCAUGGUGUAAUGUAACUGUGUGAAUACCACGGUGAUUGUAAAUGCACAUUCUCAGCUAUAAUGCAACCAAUUAUGAGAUUGAUUUUAUAAGAUAAGAUUUGAGUGCUUUUGCAGUGUGUGUAUUGGUGUGUUAUUGAUUAUUUAUAUGAACUGACAUGUGAAGCAAUAAAUUCCGUUUCGCGGGUCUU